AGAUUCAUUCAUUCAUUCAGCGGCACCCAUGUAUGUAUUGUAUGCAUACGUCAUGUUCUGUACAGCGACUCACACACAUGACAUGCAAGUAACGCCCUCCCUACCCCUACCCCUCUCUCUCGUCUUUCCGUCGGACUCGCUUGCUCAGCUGAGCCUCGUGGCGGCCUGUCUGCGUGCCUGCCUGCCUGCCUGCCUGCCUGUGUGUCUGUCUGCCUGCCUGCCUGCCUGUCUGUGUGUCGCGUUGAUUGAUGUGACGAAUGGAUCAGACGAGGAGUAUUCUGUACUUGUCCUCCGACGGCACCUGGUGGAUCGCCAGACGGCCGUCGUACGACACCUGCAGCAAGACACAUAUACAUACAUGAUCCAUCAGGGAUUGAGUGGCUAAGUGAGUGUUUUCUUCUGUUGGUGGCUGGCCCACCGAUGCGAAGACCCAUGCAUCACACGCACUCCAACAGAGGCCAUAAAUGGAAUCCUAACACGCGCACCCACACACACACAGCUGGCAACAUUCAGCAGCUUUGCUCUCCGUCCUGUGUGUGCCGUCCCUGACUUCGUGGUCUUCGAAGCUGCGGAUGAGGCCGUCAGGCAGCUCGCCUCCGCCCUCCUCACCACUACCACAUCCAUACACACAUACACGGGGCGGGGCGGGGCACGAUGAUUGAUUGACACAACACGCGAUAUAGACAGAUGGCUAUAUAUUUCUUGGUGAGGUGAUCAUCUAUCUGAUGUGAUGUGUGUGACUUGACUUGAGUGGCUGCGUACGUUACGUACGUACGUGUCUUUGGCCACGGGUGUGGUGGCUGAGAGCGUCGAGGAGGACCGCAUCGGGGCAGACGACACCGAACCAACAGUCCACAAAUUCACAAGCGAAUCCGUCCCUGAACACAACACAUGACAUACACAUUAUGUACAUCCACCACAGACACAUGUCCAUGCAUGCAGGCCAACGAGAUCGUGCAGCGGAGGAUGGAUGAGGGUGUGUUGGUACCUCCUGUGAUGAGGAGCUGGUCAUGGUAGGCGUUGUAGCACACGCGGGAUAUCCAAUGGCUGUGCACCGUACCGAUGCGCUGACACACGCACACCACACCACACCACACCACAGCACAAGCACACAAACGAGUCCAUUUAUGUGUCCCAAACACAGGAUCAGAGAGAGCAUCCCCCACUUUGAAGCAUGCGUUGAGUUUCCUGAGGUCCCAGAACCUCAGUGUGGCGUCCUCGCCUGCCGUCACUAUGUAAUAGGGACGGUUGGGGUUGUAGUCCACAUCCAACACACUACACACACAUACAGAGAGAGAGAGAGAGAGAAAGAGAGAGAGAGAGAGGCACGGCGAGGUGAGAUCGACAAGACAUCCAGGUGAUGUGACGUGAAAGGGCUCCCCGACCGACCCGUAUGGGUGUGUGUCAGCUCUCUGGACUGUGGUCUUGAUGGUGCGGAGAUCCCACCCCCGGAUGCCGCCGUCAUCGACAGUCGUCAGCUGCAUCGGGUGGUGUGGGUCCAUGCUGCCACCAUAGCACACCCGGCCCUCCAAGUCGACUCGUGAUGCACUGCGGAAGCCGCUCACACACCCACCCGCUGGUGCGUCGCUCUCGAGCACCCGGAUGGCCCUGCUCUCCAGCACCACCAAACGGCACAUGGGUGAGGGGCCCUCGGUGCUGUGAGGGUCCAGCAGAAACCUGGUCGGUCAACAGAAUCGAUCAAACACAUCGACGCACGACUGACCAGAUGGCUGCAGCACAGCCAGAUGCGCCAUGCCAGUCACCUACCUCCUGACAGGCGUGAAUGGUGUGUUUUGAUCAAUGGUCUCCUCCAGCUUGAGCUCAUCAUGCUGCACUCGCCAUAACCGACAUCUGUGGUCUGCCCACACACACACAGUGAGUGCAAAUAUGUAGAAAGAGGAGAGGACACAGAGGGACCACCUGCGGGUGCAUUGGCUGUUCCGCUGCCCGUGAUGAGUCGCAGCUGGCCGCUGUCCGUGCCAUUGGCUGUGGCUGAUGUUGCCUGGCCGCCGUCGAAUGCCGGCAGUGCAAUGAUGCUCCACACCUCCUCUGGGUGCGACAGGAUCUUCUCACACACAAUGUCGCGGCUCGGGUUGUCCUCCACAAACUCUAUCACGUGCACCUGACAGACAGACACCCAUCGACAGGACAGGACCUGGUCUGAGUGUCUGGUGGCCGUAUACUCACCUCAUUUGUAUCUCUGAGUGAGCAUGUGGCUGUGACGAACCGGUGACGGUCGGGAUCUGAUAGCACGGGAGCCACACAACGCGCCGCAUAUUUGACGCCUGAACAAUCGAUUAGCCACGUGACAGAGAUCCUAUAUGCCAUGAGUUGAGUUCUGCCUUCGUCUUACCGUAUAUGCGUGCAGAUGACAUCAACCGCUUGAAGCCGCCUCAAGCUUGUGCG